AUGAGUGUGGAGCAGUUUCUCAAUGAUAUCCGAUCCUUUCCCAAGGACAUCGGCUCCCUCACCACUCCCGACCUCCUCGACGUAGAUGCGGAUCAGUUGACUCACGGCUUGCUGGAGAUUCUUCAGGAGACAGACACACUGUCUUCGAGACACGCCGUUCUCCAGGCGGCUGCGCUACUUCCUCCUCAUGCCUUUUGGUCGGAUAUCGCCUUGAAAUGGGUUGAAGAGCAAGAUGGAACAUCUCCCGGAACAGCUCGUAUAGUAGAAUACAUAGGGUCUGCUCUGGCACACGAGGCUUUCCCUUCAGACUCUUGGUUAAAAGCUCUUGAGGACGACUCUCGUUCGCAUGUCACGCUGAAAAGGAUCUUAGUAAUUUGGAGUGGUUUGAACUUUGAUAGUCUCAUGCUGGACACCGGUAAUCAACUAUUCAGUAUCAACCUUCGACUUCUCCUCGCUAUCCUCCCGUACGCACCUCUCAUGCUGACCCCAAAGGUCCCCUUGCUGGCCAUCGUCCUGGGUCGAGCAAUAUCUUGGCGUGACCGACCAUUCAUCGACCACACCUUGCCCCCCCGUGAUGGAUUCACUCGGACCGAGCUGCCAGAACCUUCGCUUGACUGGCUGGUCGCCCAAUCGGCGGUGGAGAUGGACCUCGAGCUUCCAGAGCACAUGAAACCCCGUCGUAUCGCUCAAUUGUUCAUCAUCGCCAUGUAUGGUGCUUGGCCUUCAAACGUCAUUGCAUUUGUUCGAGAUCCGGUAUCGUACAUACGAGGGAAGAACGUGACUCCCAUCUAUGCCGUAGACUGGGAGAUGAUCUGGACACCUGGGGUUUUAGCUACGAGAUUGGAGCCUUUGAUUCGAGAUUUCCGACUUCAUCCAUCAUUGGUCGUCUUCACAUCAACUGCCGAACUUGCUGACGAGAAGCGAUGGGAGAGAAUCGAUGCUGCGGAGUUCAUAGCUCGUUCGCAAGCUUUAUCCAAUUCCGAUCAGCAAGGGUUCACGGGUGCCGGACUCUUUGAACAGGAUGAACAGUCUGCGCCUCCACAGGUGGAUUCGGCUUCGGCGAAUCUGAGUAACAGGUUAGCGAAGGAGAAUGAGCUGUUGAGAUUGGAAGCCAAGUUCACAAGUAGAGUGAGAAGGCAGUAUUUGUAUCACAUCGGCCGGCUACACAAAACGUCUUUACGACUGAACAACGAUGAAGCUGAAAUACAUAGUUUUGCUGGACAGAUCGCCGAACUUACCGCUCAGCUCUCUCAGACGAGGACUGAAGCAUCUCAAGCUCAGCAGAAGCAUGUCAAAUGGCAAGGGCAACUGCGAGAGAAGGUUGCUUCGUUUCGGGAGGAGAAAGCGACUUGGCAGACGGAGGCGGCCCGUAUACGUGCGGAGCUGAGUGAGGCACGAGCAAUGGUCAAAACUCAGCGCGAGGAGCUUGCUGAAGUGAAGAAUGAACGGUUCAAGUUGCAGAACCGACUUACCGAAGCCGAACCCAAGAUUCGACAUAUAUCUGACUACGAGACAAGGAUGAAGCAGCUCACAGAAUCGCAGCGGUUAUGGGAUGAGGAUGUACAGCGGUGCAAGAAUGCUCUGCAAGAGGCUGAAGCCGCCAAAGCACGGGUUUACGAGAUGCUACGAGCGAGCCGACAAGAAACGAUUGAACAGUCCCAGGCCAUAGGUGUAUUGGAAAGCAAAAUACCAACCACGCAUCAGGUUAAAGCGGAAGAACUCGAUACAAGUUCAGCACCGACACCAACAGCAGCUCCGAAAGACUUGGAUGUAUAUAUCGCUUUGCUAGAGCAAGCUAAGAAGCGCACGGAUGAGUUGGAAAGGGAGAAUUUACUCUUGCGCGAUAACUUGUCAGGAGCUAAGCAGGACACUAGGAUCGUGGAUGGUGAAAUGGAUAAAUCGUUCAUGUUUGGUCAAUGA